AUGGAAAGCCACCAGGAUUGUUAUAACUUGCAAUACGUCCAAUCGCCACUUGACGCGCCUCAUAUCUCAGAUUACGACGCUAUCUCGAAUCAUGUUGACCAAGGAAAUCAGGUUAACCAAGCUUUAUUGUAUGAUCAAAACCUUGUCAUGGGAUAUAUGCCAGCACAAUACGAUCCAGUUUAUCUCGAUUUAAGUUCGUCUGCCAUGUCAUCUCCUCCGAUCUCGGUUUCUGGCACCUCCUUCCUUGAGACUUACGAGUUGGAUUUAAAACCAGUGCAUUUCACUACACAUCCUUCUCCGCCCAUGUCAUCACCCAUUAGCGACCAAGCAUACGGUAACGUUGACCCAGAAAACAAGGAAGUCAAAUCAAUGACACACGAGCAGCAGCAAUACGAACAACAACAACAAAACAGCGUCAGCGCUGAAACUGCGGAGGACGUCAAACCCAUUUAUAAAGCUCAACAACAAUUCCCGUCACCGCCAACAUCGCCUUCUGCGCCACAUGCAUCUUCUGCCUCAAAAGAUUCAUCCAAAGUGGCAAUUAAACGUAAAAGGAUCACAAGCUAUGUUGAAGGCGAGGAUGAUAAGUCUGUAAAGAAAGUGGAGAAUAACGGCAAUGAACCCGUCUAUGUCAAUCCCAAGCAGUACAAAAGAAUUCUCAAACGAAGGAUCGCUCGUGAGAAAUUUGAGAGGAAACAUAAUCUAUCCAAAGAAAGAAAGCCCUACAUUCACGAGUCUCGACAUGUGCAUGCCUUACGCAGACCACGAGGACCUGGUGGUAGAUUCUUGAACGCUAAUGAAAUGGCAGAAAUAGAGAGACGAAAGAGCCUUAAUUCAAAUUCAUCUUCUUCUACAUGUGUGUCUCCAACCACACCAACUUGCUCUACACCUGGUAUUGCAGGUUAUGUAUAUGGCAACCUUGAAUCCUGGGAUACGACUUGGGAUAUGAAAAAUCAAAGUUAUUUUCCAGCAACCGUAGGACUCGUAGAUUCGUAUCAGAUAAAUACACCAUCGAGCGUGUAUGGACAAGAUUUCAAUUUUUCGCAAUCGCAAACAGCAUCCCCCGCACCGGGAAUAUUUUAUAACGAUAUUUCGUUAACAUCAACCAUGAAUGAAAAUAACCUUCAUGCGUGGGAAUAUUAG